AUGGCGCUUUCGAGAAGUGUAUCAAUAUCGAGUGGAAAUAACGAACCGGCACACUACAAAUUGAAGAUCGAAUCGUUCUCCCUUUUGUCUGAAGCCGGAAUCGUGAAGUACGAAUCUGAUGUUUUUGAAGCUAGCGGAUACAACUGGAAACUAGAACUGUAUCCAAACGGAAACGAGGAGGAAUACGGGAACGAUCACAUUUCUCUUUAUCUCGUCAUUUGCGACACCCAAAGCCUCGCAAGAGGGUGGGAGGUUCAUGUCUACUUCAAAAUCUUGAUUUUCGAUCAUAUACGCCAUAACUAUCUAACAAUCCAAGGUGUUGACGGGAAACGUACGAGGUUUCAUGAAAGGAAAACGAGAUGGGGAUUUAGCAAACUGAUAUCGUUGGAUUCGUUCAAGAAGGCUGAAAGUGGUUAUCUUUACGGGGAUUCGUGUGAGUUCGGAGCCGAGGUUUUUGUUGUCCCAAAAUACGCACAAAAAGAUCAGAGUCUAUCGAUAAUCAAGCCUCCCGCAACAAUGAAUUCACACGUUUGGACAAUAUCGAAGUUUUCUAGCUUGACGGAUGGUCCGUUGUGCUCCGAGGAUUUCAAAGUGGGACAAGUGAAAUGGAAACUAUCGUUGUAUCCUAAAGGAUUCAGAACCAGAAGAAACACAAAUCUUUCUAUAUUUCUAAGACCACAUGAAGUCGGAUCUGGUUCCAAUGCCGGUCCUAGUUCGCGAUCGAAUGAUUGGAGAGUUUAUGCGAAAUUCAAGAUUCGUGUGAAAAACCAAGAAGCAGGAGAAGCUGACCACUGGUUCUGCAACGCGGCUGAUGGUUGGGGGUUCCCGUGUUUUAUGCUGUUAAGUGAUCUUCAUGACUCAACAAAGGGAUUCCUGUUCGACGACAAUCUUAUAGUUGAAGCACAAAUCUUGAUGGUCGGCAUGCUUAAAAAUCUCUCCUAG